AUAAACGAUUAUUUCGAUGGCGCGGCGCCCGCUAUGAUAGUGAAUGCGUUGAAUGUCCCGAUUUUGUUUGGCCAGAAACGGGUCACUGUUUGGGCCUCGAAGACUGGUCAACAGAGAUACGUCCACACUCUGCCCGCAAACCAUUCAGUGCACUAUACGUGGGAUUUUCCUUCUGGUGACCGAACUCUGAUCUGGAAAUAUGAAUACUCGAUGAGUGCACCCGAAGUUGAGGAACAGUCUAUUGAUUUGAAAUGCGAUGGUUUAGUGGACGUGAACGGCGUGUUUGUCGUCUCAUUUCUUGAAGGAAAACAACGGGCCGGAGAAAUAACUAAACCCAAGAUUAAUGUUGAGGUAAUAAUGAAAGGAAUCGGUCUCUCGAUUGUGAAUAAUGAUAGUAAAAAGGAUAUCCUUUACAUCGCUAUUACGAGUUCAGUUUUAUGGGAAUUCAAAGCCACGGAUUCAAAGCGUUAUAAAGCGCUUCCCGUUAAGUCGAUUGAUGCCAUCGAGAGUUCCUAUCAAUCAGUGUUGUUGAACAAAAAAGUUGGACAAAAUGUAGACGUUGUGGACAAUGAGUUUAUGCGAAUAGACUUCACUGACUCCGAGGCUCCCAAACAAAUUUCGCCCAAAAAUGGACAAUUAAGACGACUCGCGAACCGAGGAAUUUGGGUAUCGCUCGCACUGUCCGAACAUAUCGUUCAGUUUCACAUGAAAGUGAAUCGUUUGCAAAUCGAUAACCAAAUGCCAGACCAUAUAUUUGAGAUCGUGAUGUGUCCGAUAGCGCCGCCAAAAACCAUUGCCGUCGAACACUUGCCCAAGAGUUUCAUCGAGUUGUCGACAAUCAUCCAAAGACAGGCCACAAUGAAUCGAUUCAAAUACAACACUAUUUUGAUUCAGGAAUUUCUCAUACAAAUCGAUAGGGGAUUGUUGUCCGCCAUUCAGGAGUUGACUGAAGUGGCCGUCAAGAAGGAGGAGAACACUAAGUUGAUCGCCAAAGAUGUCAGAGAUAUUCUUCUGAAAAAUACAAUCACAGAAUCGUUGCUGUCUUCGCGCAAAAGUUAUUACGAUUACAUUCAUUUCUCGCCACUAAAAGUACAUUUGAGUUUUUCAAUGGCCGGCGCUUCGGGCGGACAAUUGCCGUUAGGGCUGGACUUCUUCGUGCGGUCAGCCGGUGUCACACUAACCGAGUUUAACGACGUUAUAUUCAAACUCGAUUAUUUUGAGCGCAAAAGUCUGUUACUCGAGAAUUCAGAGCUGAUAUCGAUUGUGACCAAUCACUACACCACUCAAGUGCUCAAACAGUUUUAUGUAUUGGUUUUAGGACUUGAUUUGAUUGGGAAUCCCAUGAAACUCGUACUCGGAUUGAAAGAAGGCGUCGGAGACUUUUUCUACGAGCCGUUUCAGGGCAUUAUUCAGGGCCCGGGAGAGUUUGCCGAAGGCCUGUCCAUUGGUGUCAAAUCGUUGGCCUCCAAUGUUGUCGGCGGAGCUGCCGGUGCUUUGGGAAGCAUUACUAAUACUCUGGGCGAAGGCGUGUCGGCGCUUACAAUGGAUGAUAAAUUCAAACGUGAGCGCCGUUCGCGACUCAACCGAAAGGUCGGGUUUGCCGAAGGCGGUAAAAAUUUGCUUAAAGGCGUCUUUUCCGGUGUGACUGGAGUUAUAACACAACCCAUUCAAGGCGCCCGAGAAGAUGGUUUUGAAGGUUUGUUUAAAGGGGUUGGAAAGGGUGUUGUGGGUAUUGUCGCACAGCCGGCAACAGGUGUCAUAGAUUUCGCGUCGGGUUCACUACAAUCUGUGAAACGGGCCGUCGAUCCCAAACAAGAGGCCAAAACGAUGCGUCCGUCCCGUUAUAUUGGCUCCGAUGGCAAAGUGGUGCCCUAUAAUCGACACUUCGCGACCGGCUCUACAAUUGUAAGAGAAAUGGAAAACGGAAAGUAUAUGUCGGAUAACUAUGUGAUUCACUGCCAACUAAACGCCGGCGCUUUAAUCAUAUUGACUGACAAACGGGUGAUUGCAGUCAAGAAGGGAAUGAUGUCUCAUAAUUGGGAGUCCGAUUGGGCCGAGGAAUGGCAUAAUUGCGCCAAAGUUAACAUCUCUGGCGAUGGACUUAAGCUUAAGAUCACAACAAAGGUAUGAAUUGAAUUGCAUUUAGUUUUAUUUU